ACCCCUCCUCAGAAGGUUGCAGGCCUGCUUGGAGGAGGAUGGACUCUGCUCUGCUGCUGCUCUCCUUCUGGGCCCUCGCCGCCACUGUGGCCCCGCAGCCUCCAGAGUCGUGCCCAGAGAGACUAGUGGGAGAAGAGAGGAAGAGGACGUGUCCCCGACCUUGUAAAGUGGACAAAGACUGUGGCAGCAAGCGUCAAUGUUUGUGUGACGGCCAGUGUGGUCUCAGCUGUGUGGCUCCAGGUCGUACCUGUCCGUGGCCUUUGACCCCAAGCGCGGACUGGGAGUCCCGCCUCCUGUCGCCCACCCACUCCUUCUCCGCCCUGCUGGAGGUGCGCUGCAAGUCAGGAUUGUCUCUGCCCAGCGGUCUGGAUGCCACCAUUCGCCGUUGCCAAGGCGACCGCCAGUGGAGCGGGGAGGAGCCUACCUGCACAGAGGCCGCGCCUCCCACCGCCGCCCUGACCUGCCCGCUUCCGGAGGACGCCGGCGGCAACUUCCUCAUCGAAGGCGACGGCGCCGUGGGCACAGCCAUCCGCUACAGCUGCCUGCCAGGGACCCACUUGGUCGGGAGCUCGGAAAACUACUGCCAGGAUGACCGACGAUGGCAGUACCCGCACCCCGCCUGCCGAAAGUUGUACUGUGCACCCCCCAAUGAGGUGGUGCAGGGCUACGUGGUGGCCGUCCAGAAGACGGAGUACGAGGUGGGCUUUGACAUCCAUUACCUCUGCAAGAAGAACUUCUGGCUGGACGGAGCCCAGAAGGUCACCUGCUUGUCCAACGGCAGCUGGAGUGCAGCGCCACCUUCCUGCAGGGCUCGCUGCCUGAUCCCCGCCCAGAGGAGCCGCGUGAUGAUUGACGGCGUGAAGCGUUGGCCCUUUGACGUGACGGACGCCAUGGUGCCUCACGGACACAACGUCACCUUCUACUGCAAACACCCGCAGCACCUUUGCAGCUUCACCUCCACCCACACCUGCCAUGAUGGCCAGCUGCCUCCACCCGCCUGCUACCUGGAGCCCACGUGGCUGCAGUACAAACUCUUCCCUCACCGCCUGGUCUCUGAGAUCCUAGCCUGCCCCGACACACCCGGGGACCCAACCUUGUGACCGCCUCACCUUCAUCACCUCACUCUGACCUCCCAGGAGACACUUCAUUAGGUACACCUGCUGGUUGUUGUUGCCCUUUGCAAGAUGGCCGCCCACAACAAAUACAGUAGAACCCGUUUACUUCAACAUAACCCAAACAUGUUAAUGUUAGCAUGCUAACGUUAGCAUCAUAACUGGAAAGUUAGCGUUCUUCUAAAAAUGGCGUCAAGUAUUAAAAGCCAUCAUUUUUAUGUUGGAAUGAAUGAAAUGAGCAAAAAUGCUGGCAUUAAUUAUUGCCGUGCUAACAUUAGCAUUAUAACGUAGAAAAAGUUAGCAUUCUGCUAAAUAUGCCGUCAAGUAUUGAAAGCCACAAUUUUUAUGUUGGAAUGAGCAAAAAUGCUAGCAUAAAUUAUUGCUGUGCUAACGUUAGCAUUAUAACGUACGAAAAGUUAGCGUUCUUCUUAAACUGGCGUCAUGUAUUGAAAUCCAUAGUUUUUUGUUUGAAUAAAGGGAAUUAGCAAAAAUGCUGACGUAAAUUAAUACUGUGCUAACGUUAGCAUUAUAACGUAGGAAAAGUUAGCGUUCUUCUUAAACUGCCAUCAAGUAUUGAAAUCCAUAGUUUUUUGUUUGAAUAAAGGGAAUUAGCAAAAAUGCUAACGUAAAUUAAUACUGUGCUAACGUUAGCAUUAUAACGUAGGAAAAGUUAGCGUUCUUCUUAAACUGGCGUCAAGUAUUGAAAUCCAUAGUUUUUUGUUUGAAUAAAGGGAAUUAGCAAAAAUGCUAACGUAAAUUAAUACUGUGCUAACGUUAGCAUUAUAACGUAGGAAAAGUUAGCGUUCUUCUUAAACUGGCGUCAAGUAUUGAAAUCCAUAGUUUUUUGUUUGAAUAAAGGGAAUUAGCAAAAAUGCUAACGUAAAUUAAUACUGUGCUAACAUUAGCAUUAUAACAUAGGAAAAGUUAGCAUUCUUUUAAAAAUGGCGUCAAGUAUUAAAAGCCAUAGUUUUUUGGUUGGAAUGAAUGAAAUGAGCAAAAAUGCUAGCAUAGGUUAUUACCGCGCUAACUUUAGCAUUAUACCGUAGGAAAAGUUAGCGUUCCUCUAAAACUGGCGUCAAGUAUUGAAAUCCAUAGUUUUUUGUUUGAAUAAAGGGAAUUAGCAAAAAUGCUAACGUAAAUUAUUACUGUGCUAACGGCAGCAUUGUAACAGGAAAAGUUAGCGUUUUUCUAAAAAUGGCGACAAGUAUUGAAAGCCACAAUUUUUAUGUUGGAAUGAGCAAAAAUGCUAGCAUAAAUUAUUGCUGUGCUAAUGUUAGCAUUAUAACGUAGGAAAAGUUAGCGUUCUUCUUAAACUGGCGUCAAGUAUUGAAAUCCAUAGUUUUUUGUUUGAAUAAAGGGAAUUAGCAAAAAUGCUAACGUAAAUUAAUACUGUGCUAACGUUAGCAUUAUAACGUAGGAAAAGCUAGCAUUCUUUUAAAAAUGGCGUCAAGUAUUAAAAGCCAUAGUUUUUGGGUUGGAAUGAAUGAAAUGAGCAAAAAUGCUAGCAUAAGUUAUUACCGCGCUAACUUUAGCAUUAUAACGUAGGAAAAGUUAGCGUUCCUCUAAAACUGGCGUCAAGUAUUGAAAUCCAUAGUGUUUUGUUUGAAUAAAGGGAAUUAGCAAAAAUGCUAACAUAAAUUAUUACUGCGCUAACGGCAGCAUUGUAACAGGAAAAGUUAGCGUUUUUCUAAAAAUGCCGACAAGUAUUAACAGCCAUCAUUUUUAUGUUGGAAUGAAAGAAAUUAGCAAAAAUGCUAGCAUUAAUUAUUACCGUGCUAACAUUAGCAUUAUAACGUAGAAAAAGUUAGCAUUCUGCUAAAUAUGCCGUCAAGUAUUGAAAGUCACAAUUUUUAUGUUGGAAUGAGCAAAAUGCUAGCAUAAAUUAUUGCUGUGCUAACGUUAGCAUUAUAACGUAGGAAAAGUUAGCGUUCUUCUUAAACUGGCGUCAAGUAUUGAAAUCCAUAGUUUUUUGUUUGAAUAAAGGGAAUUAGCAAAAAUGCUAACGUAUAUUAAUACUGUGCUAACGUUAGCAUUAUAACGUAGGAAAAGCUAGCAUUCUUUUAAAAAUGGCGUCAAGUAUUAAAAGCCAUAGUUUUUGGGUUGGAAUGAAUGAAAUGAGCAAAAAUGCUAGCAUAAGUUAUUACCGCGCUAACUUUAGCAUUAUAACGUAGGAAAAGUUAGCGUUCCUCUAAAACUGGCGUCAAGUAUUGAAAUCCAUAGUUUUUUGUUUGAAUAAAAGGAAUUAGCAAAAAUGCUAACGUAAAUUAUUACUGUGUUAACGCCAGCAUUGUAACAGGAAAAGUUAGCGUUUUUCUAAAAAUGGCGAUAAGUAUUAACAGCCAUCAUUUUUAUGUUGGAAUGAAUGAAAUGAGCAAAAAUGCUAGCAUUAAUUAUUACCGUGCUAACGUUAGCAUUAUAACACAGGAAAAGUUACCAUUCUUCUAAAAAUGGUAUUGAAAGCCAUCAUUUUUAUGUUGGAAUAAGGGACAAGCAGUAGAAAAUGGAUGGAUAGAUGGAUGAAUGAAAUGAGCAAAAAUGCUAGCAUAAAUUAUUUUUGGACUGAUGUUAGCAUUUAUAACGUGGGAAUAGUUAGUGUUCUUCUAAAAAUGGCGUCAAGUAUUAGAAGCCAUAGUUUUUUGGUUUGAAUGAAGGGAAUUAGCAAAAAUGCUAACAUAAAUUGUUACCGUGCUAAUGCUGGCAAAGUUAGCGUUUUUCUAAAAAUGGCGUCAAGUGAAAGCCAUCAUUUUUAUGUUGGAAUAAGCGGUAGAAAAUGGAUGGAUGAAUGAAUGAAAUGAGCAAAAAUGCUAGCAUAAAUUAUUGCAGUGCUAACGUUAGCAUUAUAACACAGGAAAAGUUAGCAUUCUUCUAAAAAUGGCGUCAAGUAAUGAAAGCCAUAAUUUUUAUGUUGGAAUGAAUGAAAUGAGCAAAAAUGCUAACAUAAAUUAUUACCGUACUAAUGUUAGCAUUUAUAAUGUGGGAAAAGUUAGUGUUCUUCUAAAAAUGGCGUCAAGUAUUAAAAGCCAUAGUUUUUAUGUUGGAAUGAAGAGAAUUAGCAAAAAUGUUACCAUAAAUUAUUACCGCGCUAACCUUAGCAUUCUGCUAAAAUGGCGCCAAGUAUUAAAAGCCAUAAUUUUUUUGUUUGAAUGAAGGGAAUUAGCAAUAAUGCUAGCAUAAAUUAUUGCCGUGCUAACGUUAGCAUUAUAACGCAGAAAAAGUUAGCAUUCUGCUAAAUAUGCCGUCAUGUAUUGAAAGACAUAAUUUUUAUGUUGGAAUGAAUGAAAUGAGCAAAAAUUCUAGCAUAACUUUAGCAUUUAUAACGUGGGAACAGUUAGCGUUCUUCUAAAAAUGGCAUCAAGUAUUAAAAGCUAUGAUGUUUAGGCUUAAAUUAAUACAAUUUGCCAGAAUCUUAGCAGAAAACAUUCGCCUGCAAACAUUAGCAUGCUAACAUGAAAAUAAGUUGGCGUCAAGUAUCAAAAGACGUUACUUUAGGUUUGAAAUAAUACAAUUAGCAAAAAUCCCAACAUAAAACAUUAGCAUGCUAACAUAGGAACAUUUAACAUAAGACUAAGAUGACGUCAAGUACUAAAAGCUUUUAGGUUUGAAUAAGUAAAAUAAGCAUAAAACAUUAGCAUGCUAACAUCAGCAUGCAAACAUAGAAACACUUAGCAUACGUCUAAGAUGGCGUCAAGUACGGAAAGCCAUGGCUUUUAGGUUUAACUGAAUUAGAUGAGUAAAAAUGCUCACAAAAAACAUCAGCAUGUUAACAUUAGCAUGCUAACAUGAAAAUAAGUUGGCGUAAUUCUAAAAUGGCGUCAAAAAUCAAGACGUUAUUUUUAGGUUUGAACUAAUAAAAUUAGCAAAAACCCCAACAUAAAACAUUAGCAUGCUAACAUACUUCUAAGAUGGCGUCAAGUAUUAAAAGCUUUUAGUUUUGAAUAAGUAAAAUAAGCAAAAUUCUUUAGCAUAAAACAUUAGCAUGCUAACAUCAGCAUGCAAACAUAGGAACACUUAGCAUACGUCUAAGAUGGCGUCAAGUACGGAAAGCCAUAGCUUUUAGGUUUGAAUAAGUAAAAUAAGCAAACAUUUUAGCAUAAAACAUUAGCAUGCUAACAUAGGAACAUUUAACAUACUUCUAAGGUGGCAUCAAGUAUUAAAAGCCAUGGCUUUUAGGCUUGAAUAAGUAAAAUAAGCAAACAUUUUAGCAUGCUAACAUUAGUCGACCUUAUAUGACAGACAUGUAGAUUAUGUUUAUGUUGACGUUUUAGACAAGUUGUCGACAUAAUGGGGUUCUACGGUAUUUAAUUGGCUAUGUCACUACUUUGCUUUGUCACCUUGAAACACAAAGCUAAGAUGCUAUGUUCAGCUAGCUUAGCAUAGCUAGCUAGCUAUCUUUCAUGUGCAAAAUGUUUUAAAGUGUCCUUCAAUAUUUUUUAUUAUUUCUAUAUUUCCUCUUCUUCACGUUUUAUAUUGAUUUGAAAUAAACUUUUGUCAACA